ACUGUAUGUCACGCCUGCGCAUAAAACGCCCCUCGUUCUGUUCUCGACCCUACAUGUAUCUAUCUAUUGUACCAACUACCGUACGAUCUUACCGCCUUCGUCUGGAUUUUCCUUGACCAAGACGCCGGCUCUGACUGAUCAAGCCUCACUUCUGUUUGGUUCUGCCACAAUCUCUUCUUGUCUGCCCUCCGGUCUGCCUUUUAGCUGCACUUUGACCUGUCCCUGGACGGCCGCCAACUUGCUUGUAUCCGUACUUUGUUUCCAUUUCAAUUGCGAGCCCCUCCCGCGAUCAUAUCACUAGCGCGAAUACUCCGUCGCUCGUGUCCUGGACAGACAGUUGACCACUUCAGUGCUGCUUCGAUCCGCACACCACAAUUCUACGCCGAUCUUACAUCUGUCGCAUUCGAUACCUGAACUGGACCUGUUGCUUGUCGCAUUCGAUACCCUGGUCUAACUAUAGCAUCCGGCAUAGGUACUGUGCUUUUUUAGCUGCAGUACUAAGCAGGCACCCCUAAGCGCUCUUUGAUCCGCUUUCGCGCGCAACGCCGCGUUCCAACUUCAGCCCUCUCUUCCCCUCCUCUCUCUUCUCUUUCACAAUUCUUGAUCAAGGGAUACUACACUGCAAUCCUUCGCUUCUUAUUCUCAAAUCUCCCGGUAGACUCUGUUUUCCCUGUUCAUGAGGCGUAAGUCGCGACCCCUGGGAUCUCAGCGGCAUUUCUUCUGCAGCUCCGAUAGCUCGUUCCUCUGCAGUCUGCACUUGAGCCGAUCCACUUCACUUCAUUGCUGUAUCACCGCGAGGGCUAUGUUCGCUAGCCUGUGAUUUGACUCCGGGAGCUCGCCCAGUCAAGGUCCACCUGUUGCAUAUAUACUUCAGCUCCUCCCUGCACUUGAUCGCAACCAUGGCUUCGACAUUUGAUGUACCACCUUCCAGUCUUCAUGACAAGGAUAAUCAACCCUUCCCUCCCUCGAACCAGCAAGCACCAACCUCAGCCUUCAACUCGAAUCAACUUCCUACCACGCUGUCGCGUGUGGAUAGCGACUCACUCUCCCCGAUCAACUACCUCGAGACCCCCGAUUCCACCUCAAGCUUAAGCCACUACCAGGCCAGUGACUUCAGCGAUUUGGACGACGACCCUUUCUUUGGUGCCGACUUCAAUGCUGAUGGAGGUGCACCCAACUUCCUAGAACAGGACUUGAACGGACUGGACCAGUCCUUUACUCCUGGCCUUAUGCCAGAUAAAGACGUGGACUCUGGCACAUAUCCAUUGACGCCCGAGCAGACCGCAUCUGUCCAUGCUACACCCCCCCAGGGUGAUCUCUCAUACGCUAUCAAAGGUUCUGCGCCAUCAGAACUCCCCAACUGUAUCUCACCCCAAGAGAUUCAAAAACGAUUCAACCCGCACCCAAUUAACACACAAAUGUCUGAGUUGACACCAAGUCACAGUAGCAGCUGCCGAUCUAGUGAGGACGGCCUUGCACCAGGUAUCGCUACCAUGACGAGCCCUCGUGUUACUGUCUCCAUGUGGGGCAAUCAUGAUGAGACUCUUGUUCAUACCUCCGUUGAGCGCAGUCUUGAAGACAGCCCCGCCACAGUCCGCGGAGGUUUUGAAUCUGCCGGAGAUCUGAUAUCUUCCGGAGUCAACUCAUCUGCCCGUGACUCUACUGGCAGAUGGCAGCAGAACACAUUAACAGGCCAAUCUGGUCUUGACCCCAACAACCGCCCCUCCGACGAAGUGCCAAGUAUCAAUGAGCUCGCCACUCGUCGAGAUGACGAUGAACGUAAAGAAAUCGUGGGUGACUGGCUGGCCGAUAAGAUGAACGACCUCUCAGUGAGGCCAGACGACAACUCACGAGACCAAAUCAACGAACUGGACAACCGACGAGAUGAUCCACAGGAUCAUGUGAUUCCCUUUGGCCAGGAGACUGAGAAUAAGUUCGUCCCCGGUCAGACCUACUAUCGUGACCAGGGCGAAAUGAGCCAACAAGACCGCGACAUCAUCGCCGCUAACCGUAACUGGGCGGACGCACCUAUGUUUCCUUCUAUCAGCCGUGGAGAGCCUGGAAGAAACCAACCUGAGUCAUCAGCUGCUGCCAUGGAGAGAUUCGAGAGGAUGUGUCGUGAUACUGAUUCCAUUCUGUCGAGAGCAGCAACGUGGGGAACCCGUCGGCGAAGUCUCCCCAGUGUCUUCGAUCUUGAUAUGGCCGACGGCACCAGUGGCGGCAUUCUGAAGAAGCUCUCAAGCAGUCGAGAGAGCAGGUCGAGCAAACCGGGGAGUCUCCUAAGAGAUCUUCGAGGAUUGGUGCGGCGACCCAGCGCGUCUCGUCUCAAGCGUACUCUCAGCAGUGGUAACGAUGAGGAGAGCCUACCAAGCAGUGAAGGUAGAGGGAGCCAAGACUCGAAGCGUGAUAGUAUUUCCAAGCGAGGAGACAGCGUCUCUCACCUCGCACCACCAAACCGCAUAGGUAGCUGGGGCAAGAAGCCCAUGCCUUCUAUCAACACAGCGAUUGCUUCCAUGGGGAGCAAUAUUGCAUCCAUUGGAACUACGCAUGCUCGAAGCGGCUCUGUUAGUGGCAGCGGUACCCCUGGCGGCUCUAUAUCAUCACCCAAGAGCCCCUUUAGUGGCCUUUCUGUGAAAAAGUCGAUACGCCGCCCCCGAAGUAAAUCCGAGCUCCCUAAACCGACCCCAGCUGGCAUGCAGACAGAAAGCCAUCCCACUCUCGUAUCGAUGUGGAAGCGUGAGACGGGAGGCCCACCUGUAGCAGCCCUAGCCAAAACCAAAAACGCCGACUUGGAUGAGGAAGAUGACGAUGAUGACGAUUUCAGUGAAGAAGCUGAUAUGAGAACGAACCCCAACGUUAUUGACAACGUCACCCCCAAUCUCGAAGGCUUCCAGCAACACAUCAUUGACCUGAAUCCUGGCUUGGCGACUACCAACACCUUUCUGGUUGACCGCAUCGCAUACCACCAGGUUCAGCGAUACAAAUACUUACUGAAGAACAAGGUUACUCAUAUCGGCCUUGGUGCUGCAUGCAAUUCUGGAAUAAUGUGCGUUUCUAGAGGCGGCUCUGCUACCUUGUUGGACCAAAAUAAGAACGUACGAGAGCUAGAUCCUCUUUCGUCCCCGAACGAUGAUGAUGAUGGAUCUCCAGCUGAAGGUGCUAUCAAUACCGAGAGCUUUCCUCAAGACAUCCCAAUGCCUCCAACAUCUCACCUUCCAGCUGAGUUUGAGUGCCGACUUUGCUUUGCUGCCAAGAAGUUCAUGAAACCAUCUGACUGGACUAAGCAUGUCCAUGAAGAUGUUCAGCCUUUUACUUGCACUUGGGACAAAUGCCCCGGGCCAAAGAUGUUCAAACGCAAAGCCGAUUGGGUAAGACACGAAAACGAAGGACAUCGGCAGCUUGAGUGGUGGACUUGCGAUGUUGAAGCCUGUCAUCACCAGUGUUAUCGUCGUGAUAAUUUUCUCCAGCAUCUUGUUCGAGAGCAUAAGUACCCUGAGCCAAAGGUCAAGAGCAAAGCUGCCGUCAAGAAGGCGGGCGGCUCUGAGCCGACAUGGCAAAAGGUUGAACAAUGUCACCAUGAGACUACGAAGAAGCCACACGAUGAGCCGUGCCGUUUCUGUGGAAAGACGUUCCCGACAUGGAAGAAAUUGACUGUCCAUCUGGCCAAGCAUAUGGAGCAAAUAUCAUUGCCCGUACUCCGACUGGUAGAUGCAAAAGCCAGUGAGCUCAGCGCAGACACUGUCAUUAGCCCUGUACAGGACCCCCCGCCACGCAACAUAUUGACCACGCCUAUUCAGACUAAUAUGCCAACGCAAUAUCCCGUGGGAGGACAACACCAACAGAUUCCGCAGGCAACUCCACAGAUCUAUCAGAAUCACAACCAGAACCAAAUGGCGUAUCCUGUGAUGCCAACGGAGGUCUACAACCACCACCACCACCAACAGCAGCAGCAGCAGCAAGGGUUCUAUACUGACCAGUAUACCAACGCCAGUAACGCUACCCACAACUUCCCCUCGGCACAUGCAGAGAUGGGAAUGCAUCCGAUGAACAACCAGAGCUUUAAUACUGCACCCAUGCAGGAAAUGACUGCGAGCAGUGCUGGCUACCAGCAAAAUGUCUUUAUGCUGCCCAAUAAUGGACUGGAGACAUAUAAUCAGAUGAACCCACUCGGGCUCCAAAGCCAUGGAAUGCCCAUGGGACAAAUGGGACCGAUUGUGUAUGACGGGAUUACAGACCCUUCGAGCGGAAAUGGGAGUCCUUUCAGUGGACAAGGAUCCAUGUCUCCUUACUCCCACUCUCCAAAUUUGAAUGCCAACACUGGGAAUGGUAUGUGGGGUGAUAGACGCAUGGCUGGAUAUCAGUAAGAACGGCCACUGUACCGGCCGCUUGGAUAACUAUUCCUAUUUAUGAAGGCGCUUCGUGUUCUCGAAGCCACAUACACGGCAUACUAUCUUCUUCAAUUAUGAAUGAAAAGGGGAGGAGAGAAAAUGUGUUUUUGGAUACCAUGAUGAUUCUUACGGCGAUGAAUUUGUUUUGUAGGCGAUAGCCUUGUUUCUUUCUUUUUUUGUUCUUCUUGAGGGAAUAGACCAGGUAGGGCCUGCUGUUUGGUAACGGUGUUGUGUUGAAGGAUGGGUGUCCUGAAUUGGAGUCACCGAUAUUGCGGUAUUAUGAGAUGGACUACAGAAGGGAGGAAGGGAUUGGAACAGCACGCGGCGUCUGGAUACAACACUUAUGAAUGCAAAUGGUCUUUCUAGACUCUCUGAUCUGCAACUUGGCAUUUCUAAAUAUACCAAAUAUAUGCAUCUUUCUUGGUCAAGAUGGAGGCUCAGCGGAGGCCGCCCUUCCCGUGAGCAAAAUGCUUACGAGUCCCUGGGUCUGGUAGGUCCGCAUUUAGCAGGGUAAAAGGUGGAGCGAGUGCAAAGCUAAGCUUUUGGAUUCAAAAAAGAGUGCAGGGUGCCGAGGAACGUGGCUUGGAGGAUCAAGGGCCAGCACAUGAAUGAUGUGGAGAAUCUUGAAUUAUAGUUAGUCGAGCCCAGUAGAGGAAUAUCGUGUAUUGUAGCACUAAGUGUUUGAGAUUGAUGGUAUUAAAAUCACGACGCUUCUCAUUUCCACGGUAAUGGGUCGAGAAGGAUUUCAGAAUACAAUUUACCGCUCCGUGUUGUUCCUUCGUGAGCUUGAUUCCCU